CCCCUCCUAUCCCCGAGCACAGACCCGUGCCUCAGACAGCAUCAAGCUCAAGUGCAUUUGUUCUGUGUGGCCCAAUUAAAAAGGAUUUUGCCUCCAUCAACAGAAAAGCAGAGAGGAUAACUUUUUGGAAUUUGGCCUGGUGGGUCCUUUUUGACGUUACACUCACUGCGGGUCCCACUUUCUCGCUCUUUCCCUCUGAAAAGUUUAAUAUUUAAGUAGGCUCAUUUAUCCUGAAGACCUCAGUGCGUUUAGCUCCUCAGGAUGUAUAGCUUUAUGGGAGGGGGUUUGUUCUGUGCCUUUGUGGGCAACAUCCUGCUGGUCGUCUCCACAGCGACAGACUACUGGAUGCAGUACAGACUGUCGGGCAGCUUCGCUCACCAGGGCCUGUGGAGGUACUGCAUGUCUGGCAAAUGCUACACGCAGACUGACAGCAUCGCUUACUGGAACGCAACCCGGGCCUUCAUGAUCCUCUCAGCGAUGUCGUGUUUUGCGGGAAUCAUGGCAGGCAUCCUCUCCUUCGCUCACUUCUCUGCAUUUCAGCGAUUCAACCGUUCCUUCGCUGCAGGGAUCAUGUUUUUUAUUUCCACGCUCUUUGUUCUGCUCGCUAUGGCGAUCUACACCGGGGUGACGGUGAACUUCCUCGGGAAGCGUUUCAGCGACUGGCGUUUCUCAUGGUCCUAUAUUCUGGGCUGGGUUGCUCUGCUCAUGACCUUUUUUGCAGGUAUAUUUUACAUGUGUGCCUACAGGAUGCAUGAAUGCCGCCGAUUGGCCGGCUCUCGCUAAAACUCAGGAGUAGCAAACACUCAAGUGUCAAAACGUAUAUAUACAGGUGUUUGGUUAUCUAUUCCCACUUAAAAACCAGUGCACGUUGGCUGUAAGAUAAAAUACACCAUGUUCUGCCACAGCAGGUUUUCCCGCAGGAUUUUUUUUUGUCUCUAUCACAGCAGGUAUUUAAGAUUAAAAAUAAAUCACACAAUCCUGAAUAAAACAUUCAUUGUUCAUGCACAGAGAGACAAAUUCUCAAAUAAAAUCUCAGAUUAUUCUCAUCA